AUGCAUCCGACACAGCCCGCGUGGGCCUCUGGCCGUGAGAAAGAGGGCAAACACUUCACGCAAAGCCACUUCGCACAGAGCCUGGGCACACGGCCCAGANGGGAUGGCUACGCGGCCCCGGACCCGCGCGCCGGGCUGUACCCGGGGCCGCGCGAGGACUAUGCGCUGCCCGCGGGGCUGGAGGUGUCCGGGAAGCUGAGAGUCGCGCUCAACAACCACCUGUUGUGGUCCAAGUUUAAUCAGCACCAGACGGAGAUGAUCAUCACCAAGCAGGGCCGGAGGAUGUUCCCGUUCCUGUCCUUUACCGUGGCCGGGCUGGAGCCCACCAGCCACUACAGGAUGUUUGUGGACGUGGUCUUGGUGGACCAGCACCACUGGCGGUAUCAGAGCGGCAAGUGGGUGCAGUGUGGCAAGGCGGAGGUCAACAUGCCAGGAAACCGCCUGUACGUCCACCCAGAUUCCCCCAACACUGGAGCCCACUGGAUGCGCCAGGAAGUUUCGUUUGGGAAACUAAAGCUCACAAACAACAAGGGGGCCUCCAACAAUGUGACCCAGAUGAUUGUGCUCCAGUCCCUCCAUAAGUACCAGCCCCGGCUGCACAUUGUCGAGGUGAAUGAUGGGGAACCAGAGGGGGCCUGCAGUGCUUCCAACACGCACAUCUUUACCUUCCAAGAAACCCAGUUUAUUGCCGUGACUGCCUACCAGAAUGCUGAGAUUACUCAGCUGAAAAUUGACAAUAACCCCUUUGCCAAAGGAUUCCGGGAGAACUUUGAGUCCAUGUAUGCAUCUGUUGACACCAGUGUCCCCUCCCCACCUGGACCCAACUGUCAGUUGCUUGGGGGAGACCACUACUCUCCUCUCCUCCCCAACCAGUAUCCUGUUCCCAGCCGUUUCUACCCCGACCUUCCUAGCCAGGCCAAGGAUGUGGUUCCCCAGCCUUACUGGCUGGGGGCUCCCCGCGACCACAGCUUUGAGGCCGAAUUCCGAGCAGUCGGCAUGAAGCCUGCAUUCCUUCCCUCUGCUCCUGGGCCCAGCAUGUCCUACUACCGAGGCCAGGAGGUCCUGACACAUGGAGCUGGCUGGCCUGUGGCCCCCCAGUACCCUCCCAAGUUGGGCCCAGCCAGCUGGUUCCGCCCCAUGCGGACUCUGUCCAUGGAACCUGGAUCCUCAGAGGGAAGGGGGCCAGAGGAUCAGGGCUCCCCCUUGGUGUGGACUGAGAUCACCCCUAUCCGGCCAGAGUCUGGCGACUCAGGACUGGGGGAAGGAGACUCUAAGAGGAGACGUGUGUCCCCCUAUCCUUCCAGUGGUGACAGCUCCUCCCCUGCCGGGGCCCCGUCUCCUUUUGAUAAAGAAGCUGAAGGCCAGUUUUAUAAUUAUUUUCCCAACUGA